AGAAAUGGAUCUGGAAAAGGUGGACACGCCACGAGAGAACAGUCAUCGGUGCUGCGGUUUUUGAUUACGUCUCCACACCAUUGCAUUUUGAAAUUAUUAGCUGCUUCGCACCGUGCAGGUUUACAUCGAAGCACACGCGCACACGUGCAGGCACCAUCAACAUCACCGUAAAUAGUUUGUGUACUUAAAUUCUUAGAAGGUCCGCUGUGGUACAUCAUUCGCCCCAGUAAAGCUGUGCCUUUCUCCCUUUCCUAUUCCCACGAAGGUAAGACUGCGGAGUUCAACCGAUCUACUUCGGCGCCGCUAAGGCUGCUCGCUCUGCCUGGCAGUUCUCACUCGCUUACGCACUCGCGUGACACGCCCACUGGACCGACGGCCUCCUCGUGCGAGGUUAGAACUCAGUCGUCGAGUAGAGUCGACGCUCGAGCGUGAGUCGGUGUCUCGGAAGCGCAGCACAGGAAAGAAAAGCACACGAUGCUCCGCCGCAGUUGGGUGUGGCGCUGCGCGGCGGGUAUGGCCGGCGGCACUGGCGCCGUUCCUCCGAACAAGAAUGGCACUGCGGGGGCGGCUGGCGCAAAGCCGGAAGGCGCACAUCAGCAGCAGCAGGGCUCCCAACAGCAACAGCAAAAGGGUAAGCGAAAAUUCCGCUUAGAGAGCGGCUACGACGGGGCGAAGAACUACGACGAGCGCGGCCAGUUCUUCUCCGCCUUUCUGAGCAUGGGCAUCAUGUCGCUCGGUCUCACGUUUCUGUUCGUGCCGCUCUACCGCAUGUACUGCGCCCAGACCGGCCGCGGCGCGGAUCCAAAGUUCUACACCCCCGACGCGGCGCGGGAGCGGGCGCAGCAGAACAAGAACUACCCGGUGCCGAAGAAGCUGCUGAAGGUGCGCUUCCUCAGCGACGUGGGCAACACGAUGCCCAUCGCCUUUGUGCCGCUGCAGAAGGAGGUGGAGGUGCUGGUCGGCGAGCCGGCCCUCGCCUUCUACUCCGCGUACAACCGCAGCAACCGCACGCUCCUCGGCGUGUCCUCGUACACGAUCGCACCGCCCGAGGUGACGAACUACCUGAACAAGAUUCAGUGCUUCUGCUUCGAGGAGCAGCGUUUUAAGCCGCAUGAGCUGGUGGAGAUGCCGGUGUUCUUCUACAUCGACCGCGACUUUCUGAACGACCCGAUGGUGAACUGGUUGGAUGAGGUUAUUGUGAACUACACCUUCUUCAACUUGGAGAAGACGAAGGACUACAUCUUCCGAUCGAGCCCGCGCUAA